CUAGUGAUCUAAUCCGGAAGAGGACGCUCGCCUAAAGUUAAACUUUAUAGGCUAAAGGCGCUGCAUAAAAGUCAUCUUCCUCGUCAACUUCAAGUUGUUCUGCAGCUUCUGUUUCAUGGGCGGUCUGCCUCCCUUUCCAGAAGAGUUUAUGAUUACCAUUUGUUCAGGAUUAUAGCUGGAGCCGGAGGUCCAGGAGAAAGAGUUCUGCUUUUCUCGAGCAUCUCUUUCUUUUGCGCGGGAAAGGAUACAACGGAGGAAGGAGUUAACGAGAGACUUCAACAGCUAUGCUGGGGUUGAGAGCUUGGCAUCUUGCCCGGCUGUUGGGAAGGCCAGAACUUGUGAGGAGAGAGGCUCUUGGUUGCCAGGGAACGAGACUCCUGCAAUGCUGUAGGUGGUUGCAAUCGGGUCUGUUUGGCUACUCAGAGGAUGACCUGAGCCGAUGGCCCAGCUCAGCAUCCCACUACGCUCCGUCGCUCCCCGCCUUCAGCCAGCUCACGCCGUAUGCUCCCUUCCACACCACUGGCAGCGUCUCCUCACCUGACUUCCAGGACCACUACAAAGUCCGUCAGCUGGUGAUGACAGCGUCGGGCCCCGACCGGCCGGGCAUCGUGUCGCGGCUGAGCAAGCGCUUGCUGGAGCUGGGGGGGAAUGUGGAGGAGAGCAGAAUGGCACGCCUCGCGGGCGACUUCAGCAUCCUCAUGCUAGUUACUGUGGACGCUACGGUCCCAAGCCGAGCAGAGGAGAUCCGGUCGAGCUUGAGCGACAUCGAGGGCUUGCACGUCUUCACCCGGUGGACGAGCGAGGACCCCUCGUAUCUGAAGAAAUUGCAGAAACGCUUCCGCCGUAUUUCCUUGCGGGGGGCCGACAACCCUGGCUUGGUGUAUAACGUGACUGAGUACCUGGCGUCUUUGCACGUCAACAUUGAGAGCCUCGAGACGGGGACAGAAGAGGCACCGUUUGGCGGGACCACGCUGUUCAUGAUGGACGGAAUUGUGGCGAUUCCGCCGGACAUCAGCACCGCGCGGCUGGCGAGCGACUUAGACGCGCUGCAGACGACGCUCGGGGUCGACAUCACGGUGACCAACAUGGAGAAGCCGGGGGCCGGCAGAACGGGCGGGGGGAACGGCGGAGGAAGCGGCUCUUCUCGGGGAAGUGCAACGGGUACAGCGAGCUCCUUUCCGACGUCAGCACAAGUGUCGCGCGCGAGUGGAGCAUCCGAUGGCGCCUCGGCAGCGUCAGAAUCCAAGCAAUACAUGGCCGGAUAGAGUAGUGCCAAACCCCGUGCAGUUCGUUGCGCUGGUUCAUGAGUUGUAGCUGACUUUAAAAGGUCGCAUUGAUAUGGCAAGUGGUGCAAUGUUUUACCGUUGAGGAACUCUGAUGUCAAAAGAGCUGUUACUGUCAGGAUCUCAGAAUCUGUCUCAGAUUCGAAAGCCAACUGUACAAUAUGAGCUAGAGAAUAAUUGCUUAAACCUAAGUAGAUCAGGCUUAAGUAAAUGAGGAUGAAAUGCUUUAAAAGCGAAUGUUCGAGUUCGGUACAUACAUGAGUGCCCUGUUUGGACUCGCCUCUUGAUAUACCGCGGAAAUUUAUACCCUAGCUGCUACAAGUGCUUCAUCGCACGUCACGUUUGGCUCUG